AAACGUGGUAAUGUUCCAUUGCAUCCUGUCGACCUCCUAAGUAGGAAGAGAAAAAUAUAUGAAAAAGUACAUCAAACUCAAACGCCCCUAUUGCGCCUCUCCUCCUCCUCUUCUUCUUCCCCUCCCCCCUUUUUUUUUCUCGUUCCUUCCAGGUUGAGUAUAUCCAGGCCAUUCAGUGGUUCCAUAUCGUUGUAUAUCCCACCCUAUCUAGUAAAACUAUUAUCCUAUCAUCAAUACCAAUAUCCCACAAACUCGUGGACACGACAGUCGGCCUUGAAACAAGCAGGUGAUCGGCCAUGCUUCCCCCCUUUAAUCCCUACUAAGGUUGUGUAUAUUCCACACCACAUCUACACCGCACACCGAAUCUUUUUUUUUUUUUCUACAUUUCCUCCUUUUUUUUUUGUUUUGUUUGUCCAAUGCUACCUAUCUACCCACCCACUUAUAAAAGAUAUUUAAAAGUAAAAAAUAAAAACCCCCCCCUCCCCAAGACAGAGUCCCUCGCGACUUAACCCCAUAGCUACAGAUUCCGGCACGUCAC